AUGUCCAUCAUCCGCGAAGAUGGCCGUUGGUACUGCAAGCCUUGCAACCGCGUUUUUGCCACCUGGGAGGCCAUCUUCAAGCAUAAGGAGUAUAUGCGUGGUACUGGUGCCGAAAGCCAUAUUCACUGCAAGUUUUGUGGGCAAGAUUUCAAAACUCAAGCGGCAGAAAUCUCGCACAUCAUCCAGAACCAUCCCAAACGACAAAAGCUCGACUGUCCUGGCUGUGGCCAAGGCCCGUUUCCCCGUCUGGCAAGUCUCAUAUGGCACAUUGAGAGAGGUGAAUGUAUUCGUAUCGAUGAGGCGGUUCUUGAUGAAAUGCGAGAGAAGAAACUUGAAUUUCCGAGGCAGCUCGAGACACUUACCAAGGAAUCUGUGAAGAAUAACUACACCAGUUACGUGUCUCCUAAGCAAGGCGGGAGCCCGAGACAUAUCUGGCGAGAUGUACGCGAUCAGGGGUUUAGCUUCACAGAGAUGGGAUUUCCAGAGCUUUCGAACGAGGCCAGGCAUACCACAGGCGAGACCCCAAAGAGUGAUAAAGAUGAAUUUCAUCAGAGUGAAGCAAAGGCGGCAUGGGGGGGGGGGAAAGACUUGUUUCCUGGUGCCCCUCCUGCGCAGAUGCCAACAAGAUCUCAGCUUGACACUGCUACGACACCGAGUCCCCGAAUGAUUUUUGAGUCUAUGGAUGCUGAUGACCCCGAUAACCCGGCCUUUAAUGCGUCGCGAUACUAUUCCGAUAUCAUUGAGCAGUACAUUUGUCCCAAGGUUAGAUGCGGAAAAUGCUUCAAAAGACAGGGUCAGUUGGUUUCUCAUCUUCGAUCACCUGCCCAUGGCAACAGGACCUAUCGCUGCCCAUAUUGUCAGAAAGUCUUUAAGACGUUGACUGCAAUUACCUCCCACGUUGAGUCGAGCUCGGUGAAGUGUCAAAUCCGUGAAGCCGAUAAUUACGAGGCAUACUUGGAUCAGUUGACUGCGGGUAUCAUUGACGUUGAGGAGAGGCGAAAUGAGGACGGGACCUUGCAGUACAAGACUGCAGAAAGUGCUCGGGCUGCGUUUCGCGGGCCGAAGGACACUUCAAAGGAUCACGGACAGGUGCAUUGGUAA